AUGUCCUGUUUAUAUAUGUAUACGAAUCAAGAACAUAUAGAAAGAUUAGAAGACGUGCUAGCUUAUAGAACAGAAAGUCCAAAGAAAACUCAACGCGAAGUUGAGGAGACAAAUGCGAGCAAGCAGUCACAAUUCCUCCACUUCGUCGAAGAAACGUUAAUACAGCACACUGAAGCAUUAGAAAGUAUUUUUAAAACAGCAGCAAACAACGAGGAAUUGUUAAGGGAACUGAUAGAAAAUUUUUCAAACAACAUGGAUCAGUCUAAAAUGCCUGAAAAGAUCGAGGAACAUCAACCAACGAGGAGGAGCUCCAAUGUAGAUUCAGAGAACUCCCUGGUAAAAUUUGGAAAAGGGUUUCCAACUUAUGGAAGCAUGUUAAAAGACAUAAUAAUGCGGAGGUUUGAACCAGAUGAAACGCCAAAAGCACUUGUUGAACAUUCCAUAGAGACCCGUCGAGAUAAUGGAAGAAACCCGCUAAUAACUCAAAGUAAAAAUUAUCGCAGUCCGAGUCCGUGGUGUUCCAUCGCAGUACUAUGCCACAGGAAAUUUAACCCUAUUUGUGGAUACGAUGACAAUUUUGGAUAUGGAAAAUUUGACGAUCUUUGUCAUAUGUUACAAGUUAACUGCUAUUGGAAAUACAAUUUUGCGCUCGUGCCGUCUUGCAGACCAAUAAUGAAAAAGUAA